UGCAUGAGAGGGGAGAGGGUGCGGAGCACGUGCGCGGCUAGUAAAUAUGCAAAUUGUCAUUAAAGAGCGAAAUACUACAAUCAGUACAAUGGUCCAGACAACUUAAAUGUUGCACUGCUGGCGGUGUAACAUAUUUUCGUCGUUGUGCGACAUUUGACGAGGUUCCACCGACAUAUUUUCCUAGAGCUCAUGAAACGAUAGGAGGAUUUGCCUAACGUAAGCAGAAGACCGUUACAUAUUAUUUUUGUUUUUAUAGUAGUAUACCUCUAAUGGUAAAAUAGCCUCAAUGGAGGGAAAAGGCGUACUCCAUGUCGUCGUUCCGGCAGAACACGUUUAUCUAGACGUAGCACUGAAUUUCGUGGACUCGGAUCAUCCAGAAAUGAGCGCUAAACUUUUCAAGUACGCUAUUAUGCUUGCAUUAAAGCAAUUGCAUGGCGAAGUAGGAGCCGGCAUUCCAAUAGAUGUCCUACGCUACGACAAAGAGUGCAUGAGGGCAUACCUCCGAACAUCAGUCGACCAGCUGGUCAAAGUAUGGAGCUCCCUGACGCUGUUCUCAUCAUACAAUAACAGCCAGUGUAGUUUCAGGGUAUAUAAGGUCUCACACAACUUGGCAGCACUGAGUGUGUCAAGUAACGCGUUCCAGCAUGUCAUUGUGGCACCUGAUGGAAAAUGAACAUUUGACCGAUGUGUAAAACGUGUAAAUACACAUUUUAUGAUAUAUC